AUGAGCGGCGCCCGCCCCCGCUCCGCGCCGCUCCUGCUGGCGCUCGCGGCCGCCUUCCUACCGCAAGCCAACCAUGUCGCGGGCGCCGGUGGGGGAGGAAUGUUCGGUGAUGUCAAUAUAUCAGCUAUUUUGGAUUCAUUUAGUAUAAGUUACGACAAAAGAGUAAGACCAAAUUAUGGAGGACCACCCGUGGAAGUGGGGGUUACCAUGUACGUGCUCUCCAUCAGCUCUCUGUCUGAAGUGAAAAUGGAUUUCACAUUGGAUUUUUACUUCAGACAAUUUUGGACCGACCCCCGAUUAGCUUACAAAAAGAGAACUGGAGUUGAGACAUUAUCUGUGGGUUCGGAAUUCAUAAAGAAUAUAUGGGUGCCAGACACGUUUUUUGUAAACGAAAAGCAAUCUUAUUUCCAUAUAGCAACAACAAGCAACGAAUUCAUACGUAUUCAUUAUUCUGGCUCUAUCACUAGGAGUAUCAGAUUGACGAUUACAGCUUCGUGUCCUAUGAACCUGCAAUACUUCCCAAUGGAUCGCCAGUUGUGUCACAUUGAGAUAGAAAGUUUCGGCUACACCAUGCGGGACAUCAGAUACAAAUGGAACGAGGGGCCCAACUCUGUGGGUGUUUCCAGCGAGGUGUCGCUGCCGCAGUUCAAGGUGCUGGGCCAUCGCCAACGAGCUAUGGAGAUCUCCCUUACUACAGGAAAUUACUCAAGAUUGGCAUGUGAAAUUCAAUUUGUGCGAUCAAUGGGAUAUUACCUGAUUCAAAUUUAUAUUCCGUCUGGUUUGAUUGUCAUCAUAUCAUGGGUAUCAUUUUGGUUGAACCGGAAUGCCACACCGGCUCGAGUGGCUCUAGGUGUUACCACUGUGUUGACGAUGACAACGCUCAUGUCGUCAACGAAUGCGGCUUUACCUAAGAUAUCGUACGUCAAGUCUAUCGACGUAUAUUUGGGAACCUGUUUCGUGAUGGUCUUCGCUAGCUUGCUAGAAUAUGCUACUGUGGGAUAUAUGGCCAAAAGAAUACAGAUGAGAAAACAAAGAUUUGUAGCUAUACAAAAAAUCGCCUCUGAAAAGAAAAUCCCAGUUGAUUGUCCCCCUGUCGGUGACCCACACACGCUGUCUAAAAUGGGAACUCUUAGCCGAUGCCCACCUGGAAGACCAUCGGAGGUGCGAUUUAAAGUACAUGACCCCAAAGCUCAUUCCAAAGGCGGCACUCUAGAGAACACCAUCAACGGUGGCCGCAGUGGAGCAGAAGAAGAGAACCCAGGACCUCCUCCGCAUAUCUUACAUCCUGGCAAGGACAUAAGCAAAUUGCUCGGCAUGACUCCUUCGGACAUCGACAAGUACUCUCGCAUAGUAUUCCCCGUCUGCUUCGUAUGUUUUAACCUCAUGUACUGGAUCAUAUACCUUCACGUAUCCGACGUCGUGGCUGACGAUCUGGUUCUACUGGAAGAAGAUAAAUAG